AUGAAGUGGCUGGGCGAAUCCAAGAACAUGGUAUUAAAUGGCAGGCGACAUGGAAACAAGCUAACCAGCGAGCAAACUUUGAGUCAGUCUCGGUCCCAGCAUUCACAGCGGGCCUCUCUGCGUCACAGCAAAACGCACUCCAGAAACCGGCGAUGUAGCCGUAGGUUUCAUGCAACCAGCCUGGAGGCUGAGAGGCGAUAUGUGCCCUCCUCAGGAAUGACUGCUAAGGAGCUCUGUGAGAACGAUGACCUAACCACCAGUCUAAUAUUAGAUCCUUACCUGGGCUUUCAGACUCACAAAAUGAACACCAGAUUCCGGCCCGUAAAGGGAAGACAGGAGGAGUUGAAGGAAAUUAUUGAACGCUUCAAAAAACACGAUAAUCUGGAGAAAGCAUUCAGAGCCUUGAUAUCAGGAGACUGGUCCCGAAAUCUUUUUCUUCACAAGACGAAAUCUCAAGAAAAGCUAUUCAAACAACAUGUAUUUGUGUAUUUGCGGGUGUUUGCCACUGACAGCGGGUUUGAGAUUCUUCCAUGUAAUCGCUAUUCAUCGGAGCAAAAUGGAGCUAAAAUUGUGGCAACUAAAGAAUGGAAAAGAAACGAUAAGAUCGAGUACUUAGUGGGGUGUAUUGCCGAGCUUUCGGAGAGUGAAGAAAACAUGCUGCUGCGGCAUGGAGAGAAUGAUUUCAGUGUCAUGUAUUCUACUCGCAAGAACUGUGCACAGCUCUGGCUGGGACCAGCUGCUUUUAUCAAUCAUGAUUGUCGCCCAAACUGCAAGUUUGUGUCGACAGGGCGGGACACUGCCUGUGUGAAGGUGCUGAGGGAUAUUGAACCGGGCGAGGAAAUCUCUUGUUACUAUGGAGAUGGAUUUUUUGGGGAAAACAAUGAAUUUUGUGAAUGCUACACCUGUGAACGACGUGGCACUGGUGCUUUCAAAUCCAAAGCUGGACUGCCUGUCGAGGUUCCGGUGAUCAACAGCAAAUACGGAUUGAGGGAGACGGACAAACGUCUUAACCGUCUGAAGAAAUUAGGAGAAGGAAACCGGAGUUUGGACUCUCACUCUGUAGGCUCCCACACUGAUGUAGACUCUCAGGAAUCGCCAAAAACACAUCAAUCCGCCAGAAAAAGAUCAUCUGGCCUCAAGUAUAAAAACAGGACUCAAACAAGACAGACCCUGUCAAGAGCCCUGACUACCUCAUGUUCAAAACAAGGACGUGUAAACAACAAUAGGGUACCAAAGAGACUAAAAACCCAAUCAAAGCCUUCAUUAAGUAAAGUCCAGUUGAGGAGUCGCCGAAGGGUCAUAGAGCCCAAGGCGUUGGCCAAAGGUGAAACUUGCCAGCUGGGUCUCAGGGACUCGAAGGCGUCACUGUCUAAAGGUGUCUCCAUAAAGAAGGAGAAGGAUGCGCAGGAGCUGGUCCAAAAGACGCUUGGCCAGCGGGGAUGCUUGACACGCCAUGCUGCAAAGGAAAAUGUUAAUCUAACCAUUGGGCAACAUAGUAAGACUUGCCUGUCUCAAACAUACAGAACUCGCAGGUCCACGAGGACCCUUGUCAAAGCCCAAGAAACAACAGGCGGUGUCAAACUAGAUUCCAGUGCUAUGCACGACUUGAGCCCUGUCUCUGGCGCAGUGGUCAUUAAAUCAGAGCCAUUGGACAUGGAAGAGUACCUCCAUCAAGGGAUAGGUCUGCAGCAGCCAGAAUUGGAUCCUGGCUACGACCAACGCGGUUCAUGCGCGAGACUGAAGCGGCCGACACGGCUCGGUCCGGAACGAACAAUUAAGUGCGAGGACUCGUACGGUGAGCCCUUUAUGCCCAUGGCAUCUGGUCACACCGCCAACUACUCUGACUGUGGGAAGGUUCUGUUGAGCUUUUCUGAUCGGCACAGAGACUUGAACGGAGUUGCCAACGGCAGAAAAUCCCUCCACAGGGACAAAGCUAAAAGUAGCUGUCGCUCACAGGACAAGGGGAAAAGAAAGCGCCGGAUCACUCGUUAUGAUGCACAGUUGAUCCUGGAAAACACGACCGGUCUCCCUAAACUGACGCUUCGCCGACGGAGAGACAGUAGCAGCAGCAAGACCAAUGAUCCUAACGAUGUCAUCGGUUCUUCGGGACUUUCUGCUUCGUCAGUGACAUCCGCUGCUUCCAGCAAGAUUAGCAUCAAGUUCAGCAAGGACCAUGAUAAGGACAAAGGCAGCUCAUAUAUAGCCAAGCUUAGUAACGGUUUUGCCCCUGUGGUCCACAGUAACGCAACAAAGCUAAAGAUACAGCUGAAGAGAGAGGAUGAUGCACGGAGGAUAUCCCAGAUGAAGACGGACCAGGUGACCUUUAGUGGUGACAUGGGACAGAGUCUUGAGGCCAGAAGUGGUGGACAUCGGACCCAACAGAUUAUGGCUGAACCAUCAUCUGACGAAAACGAUGCGGACGGUGAUGACGACGAAGAUGAUGAUGAUGACUACUUUGACAAUGAGUUCGAAGAUGAUUUCAUUCCACUUCCCCCGGCAAAACGGCUGCGACUCAUUGUCGGUAAAGACUCAAUUGAUAUCGAUAUCUCCUCCAGGAGGAGAGAGGAUCAGUCCUUGAGGCUAAACGCAUAG